GAAAUGAUUUUACAAUUGAUUGUGUUUAAGUGAACUAACCUGAGAUAUCUAUGUGUUUGUGCUACGAUCCGAAACUCUAAAAUUGCGAUCACAUCUUAAAUGCCUUUCGUCGAGAGAUUUCAACAAAUACGUAAUUUUGUUAUGAACGUCUGCCUCGUCGAGGCUAUCCAAUUCGUCCAGGACCUUACGCAUGCCCUCUGCCUGGAUCUCCAGGGCCUUUUCAACCUCAAGUAGAGAUUCCCGUGGGUUGUAAGUGCUCAUCUCAUCAAUCACCCAGAUACACUACACUCCACAGCAAGCAAAGCUGACCAAAUAAAGCGCUUCGACAUCCAGAAUUC